UCGAUUCGUCCUCGGUCGUCGGACUAGACUAAUCGAGUCCAACGACUGAUAACAAAGUUUUACCACUUUUCAGUGUUAUAGUUCUUUUACAUUUUGCAGCCAAUACUUCAAUCACUACUAGCGUGAAUGCCACUGUAAAAUAGUGUAAAAAUCGCCAACAACCGUCACGAUGGCUUACGCCAUCACGCUGAAAGGAGUCAACCUAAGUAGUGCUGGAAAGCCAGUGAAGUCUGUUUUCAAAGUAUGUACUCACUCAAACUUGAAGCCAGCCUUCCUUGUAGCCUCUGCAAAUAUUCUCGGAUUCCACAAAAGAGAUCCUAACUAUCAAAGACCGAAACCAUAUCCAUAUGAGACGAAAUAUUAUGGCUUCUGGCAGCGUUGUGUGGACAGGACCACUUGGCGAUUUGAUGAUAACACCAAAUUGAUUAUUAUCGAAGGUCCCCCUGCUGCGGGCAAAACUGAAUUAGCCAAGAAGCUAGCUGAGGAUUUUGAUAUGAAGUACGUAGGGGACGCAACCAUGGAUGAUCGUUACAUUAGCAAGGUCACUGGACAUGAUUUUCGAGAAUUUGACCCACAAUUACCACCAAAUGUGCGAAGUUUCGAUGAGAAAGAUUUCUGCAAAAAUCCCACGCACCGAAAUGCAGCCAUUUUUCAAGUAUGGAAGUACCAGCUUCGCUUUGCCCGAUAUAUUGAUGCCCUUGCUCACAUACUCAGCACAGGUCAAGGUGUGGUCAUGGAACGAGCACCAUUUACGGAUAUUGCCUUCGCCCAAGCCAUGAAGCAAAGCGGAUUUAUGAGUAAACAAGCCAUGUAUGUUUACAAUGAGCUUAGAAGACACACAUUAUAUCUUCUGAUGCGGCCACAUCUAUUCAUUUAUCUGGAUAUACCCGUCAAAGCAGUCAAGGAUCGAAUCAAACAGCGUGAUUUACCGCACGAAAGAAACUCACCUGCUUUAACAGAUAAAUUCUUAACAGACUAUGAAAUGAAUUGUAAAUCAUACAUCAUGCUGCACAUGAGCAAUCAUUCUGAUUUUCUCAUGUACGACUGGACUGAAGGUGGAGAUGUAGAUGUUGUCCUAGAAGAUAUCGAGAAAAUUGAUUUUGAUAUUCAUACGGGAACUGAUGAAAAAAUGACAGACUGGAGAUUGAACAAAGAGGUGGAAUGGUGCGACAUGAGAAAUAUGUAUGCAGACAAGAAACUAUGGCUAUUGUCUCAUUUCAAUUGUCAGAUAUUCGAUGCUCCCGAACUAGUGGGCACUGGUGAUGAGGACAAGUGGCUGACAAAGUUUUGGUACCAUCCUAAAAGAGGGAAGUAUAGUUUUGGAUACAAUGCCGAUCUAGGUGAUAAGAAUAUCCUGUGGAAAUCGCGACUAGCAAAAUACUGGGACGUUACCCGUUAAACUGUUUUUAGCAGCAGUUCUUUCAGUCUUCAUUUACGAAGCCAAUAAGUUUGUAUCAUUCAAUUUCUGUGCAUCUCAGGCUUUCCCUUUAUUUGUGCAGGCAUUUGUAAAUAUAAACGUUGUUAAAUAAUGAGGUUUACUUACUGACUUUUU